GAGAUCUUGGAAAUUAGGGUUUUGUCCGGAGCAUCAUUGCUUUGAGUUUUUCAGUCGCUGCCUUUCGCAACUCUUACACAUCCUUUGCCUCAAAUUCUUCAGCGGAGAGCAGCAGCAACCUAACCAGUAGCUAUGGCUGAGCAGACUGAGAAAGCUUUUCUUAAGCAACCCAAGGUUUUCCUUAGCUCGAAGAAAUCUGGGAAAGGCAAGAGGCCUGGAAAAGGUGGAAACCGUUUCUGGAAGAACAUUGGUUUGGGUUUCAAGACUCCUCGUGACGCCAUUGAAGGAAGUUACAUCGACGGGAAAUGUCCAUUCACUGGAACUGUUUCUAUUAGAGGUCGUAUCUUAGCUGGUACUUGCCACAGUGCCAAGAUGCAGAGAACCAUUAUCGUCCGCAGGAACUAUCUCCAUUUUGUGAAGAAGUAUCAAAGAUAUGAGAAGAGACAUUCUAAUAUCCCUGCCCAUGUCUCACCGUGCUUCCGUGUCAAAGAAGGUGAUCAUGUCAUCAUUGGCCAAUGCAGGCCUUUAUCUAAGACUGUGAGGUUCAAUGUGCUGAAGGUGAUCCCUGCAGGCGCAUCUGCCUUUGGAAAGAAGGCAUUCACUGGAAUGUAAGACUUUUCAAGUUUGGAGAAUUUUCGUUUGUUUGAUUUUGAUUUUUGAAUGUUUUGUUUGGUGAUCCCUUUUGUUGGAGACUUUGAUUACCACAGACUAAAUAGAGAUCUAUGUUCUUUCGUCAUCUGAAAUUACUACAUUCAACUGUUUUGUCUUUGGUAUCUCUAGAAAUCAUCUACUUUGUCUGUCUGAAAA